CUUUAGGCGCAUCAACAUCUGGUUUUACUAACUAAACCAUAAUAUUCAGGCUACAUAUUUUUCCCCGAUUGGAGGCAAACAGAAACUAUGGAAACUUUGUUUAAGAAAAUGUUCUUACUGGUCCUUGUAUGCAGUAGCAGUUACGUGGAGUCAUCAGCGUCUUGUAAUGCUGACUCUACAGCAGCAGCCAACUGGCAAAGUGGCAGCAGACUUUCCAUUGCAGCCUUCCAGACAGGUAACGCCCAUGCAAAUCAACAACCACCUACCGGCAGUAGCGAAUUACUGGGCAGAAAACGUCUGUGCCCCUACACUGAAAGCUAUGAUUAUAAUCCAGGUCGAAUCCCGGUUACAUUGAAACAAAUCCACUGUAAUUGUACAGAAUGUAAAAAGAUGAAUGAUGGAUCAGAAGAGAGAUUGGACCCCGCCACGUUCUCCUGUCAUCAGGUCAAAUAUCCGGUUCCCGUUCUAUAUGAAAGAAAUUGUACAAACGGAAUGGUCGAGUACCAAGCCGCCAAUGUGAGCGUCACAGUUGCCUGUGUCUGCAAGUCCGGUAGUAGCAGAAGCAGAUCGACAUGCUACAGUGAGCUUCGAAAAGGCUUUGAAAAUUGGGAUGUUACCCAACUUGAAAAUGUCAAUGAAAUUUGGAAAUCAUGGAAACCAAUUGUUAUUUUAGCUGCCGAAAGGAGGAUUGGGAGAAGAAAUAUUCGUAAUGAUUUAAGUCUAACAGACACUACAACUGAGCCUACUGUUGGCAUCGAUCUUAACUUAUUACAAGAUAUUGAAUUAAGUAAAGAUAUUGUUUCACUUGCUCUGGCACAAGCCAAAAAUAAAAAGGCGCCAGGCCAGGAUGUUGUGGAAUUUGUCUAUCCUUUGAUGCUGUUUUGGCUGUUUUUAAGGGCUGGUCUGUGUAAGCCAAGUAAGGGCAUUGCUUACACGUCUUUUGAACUACAUUCCAUAGGCGAGAGGUCAUCGGUGCGACUACCAGCACAUGUGAACUUUACCACCUGA